AUGUCCAAUCAAAGCCAUCAUAAUUCUUCUCAACAUCACGAGAAUUCCUCUCAACAUCAUGGUGGACCCUCUCAACAUUCAAAUCCACCACACCAUGAAUCCCCUAGAAACCCCACCACUCAACUGUCUCCUGAACCAACUCAGCAGGAAUUGUCGGAUGUUCGCAUCGCAAUACAAAAACUAUGGGAUUUAGAUUCUAACAGACUAAAGCCAGGUGUUGACUAUGCUAUUAAUUUGCCGAUGCCACAUGGAAGAAACGAAAACGUGAAAGUUCCUCUCUUUAAAUACGUAACCGAUCGUGCUGGAAAGAUCCCUACCUUUAAAUGUUUCUAUGCCUUACUCGAUAAUUACAUACCACAAACUGGCAUAGCAGAAAAAUUAGACACCGCAGAAUUAAAGGAAAAUGAACAAUUUCUCAAAGCUGCUUUGGCAACCGCACCAAUGAUUUAUUACCUGAAAUCAAAAGGGACGUUCAGAGGCAGCAUUAGUGACUUUGAGGCAGAACUUAACAAAAUAUGGUUCAAUUUUUAUAGAAGAGAAGGAGUCAAAGAUUCUAGCGCCUUUGAACACGUUUUUCUCGGCGAGGUUAGAGAUGGAGAAGCUAAAGCAUUCCAUAAUUGGAUUACAUUCUACUUUAACGAGAAGGCUGGUAAAAUCGACUACGAAAGUUUUAUACCAAUGAAAGAAGGGAAUAAUCGGCUUGUCACCCCGGACGGAACUGAACAGAUAAUUACAUUACGGUUCUCUUUCGAGGGUGCAAGGAAACCGUUCUCAACUUCAUUCAUUGGCACUUCACCUGAAUUUGAAUUUGGACUUUAUACAUUGCUUUACUUACUUGAACGUGAUGAUACAAAAGUGACAUUGGAUGGUAUUAAUUUGAAUAUUAAGAUUUAUCCUUUCCAUGAACGCGGAGGUCAUGGUGUUAGAUUAUUGGGAUCUGCUUUCCCUAUGAUUAUCGGUCCCCACUAA